AUGGCGCCAUCGCAGCAGUCCAUGUUCCGCUCGGCGGACAUGAGCAUGGUGCAGCUCUACAUCUCGAAUGAAAUCGGCCGCGAAUGCGUCAACGCCCUUGGCGAGCUUGGCCUCGUCCAGUUCCGCGAUCUCAACAAAGGUGUCAAUGCCUUCCAGCGCACAUUCACCCAAGAGAUCCGAAGACUCGACAAUGUCGAGCGCCAGCUGCGCUACUUCCACGCGCAGAUGGACAAGUCCGAGAUCCCAGUCCGGAAAUUCGACCUCGACAACGAGACGCUUCCUCCUCCUACGACCACCGAGAUCGAUGAGCUGGCUGAACGCAGCCAGAGUCUCGAGCAGCGCAUCUUCCAGCUCAACGACAGCUACGAGACUCUCAAGAAGACAGAAGUCGAACUGACCGAGUGGCGAUGGGUUCUCCGGGAAGCCGGCGGCUUCUUCGACCGUGCCCACGGCAAUGUGGAGGAGAUCCGCGCCUCCACCGAGGAGGAUGAUGCGCCCCUGCUCCGCGAUGUCGAGCAGCACAGCCAGGCCCCCGACGCCGAGCGCUCCUUCGGUGGCAUGAAUAUCGGAUUCGUCGCUGGAGUCAUCCCCAGAGACCGCGUCGCUGGAGUCAUCCCCAGAGACCGCGUCGCUGCAUUCGAGCGCAUUCUGUGGCGGACUCUUCGAGGCAACUUGUACAUGAAUCAGUCCGAGAUUCCGGAGCCCUUGGCCAACCCCAGCACGAACGAGACGGUCAACAAGAACGUCUUCGUCAUUUUCGCCCACGGCAAGGAAAUCCUGGCCAAGAUUCGCAAGAUCUCCGAGUCCAUGGGUGCCGAGAUCUACAGCGUCGAUGAGAACUCGGAUCUCCGCAGGGAUCAGAUUCACGAGGUCAACGCCCGUCUCAAUGAUGUGCAGAACGUCCUGCAGAACACACAGCAGACGCUUGAGGCUGAGCUCACACAGAUUGCCCAGUCUCUGUCCGCUUGGAUGAUCCUCAUCACCAAGGAGAAAGCUGCAUACCAGACCCUCAAUCUCUUCUCAUUUGAUCGCCAGCGACGUACCCUGAUCGCAGAAGCUUGGGUCCCGACGAAUGACCUGUCUAGGAUCCGCGCUGCUCUCCAAGACGUCACCAACCAGGCGGGACUGUCGGUCCCCUCGAUCAUAAACGAGAUCAAGACCAACAAGACUCCACCGACGUACCUGAAGACGAACAAGUUCACCGAGGCAUUCCAGACCAUCAUCAAUGCUUACGGAACUGCUUCUUACCAGGAAGUCAACCCUGCCCUGCCGGCCAUCGUCACUUUUCCUUUCUUGUUCGCCGUAAUGUUUGGUGAUCUUGGCCAUGCCAUCAUCAUGCUCAGUGCGGCUUUGGCUAUGAUCUACUGGGAGAAACCUCUCAAGAAGGUCACUUUCGAACUCUUCGCUAUGAUCUACUACGGUCGCUACAUUGCUCUGGUCAUGGCCCUUUUCUCCGUCUUUACAGGUUUGAUCUACAACGAUGUCUUUUCCAAGUCGCUCACGCUGUUUGACAGCGGAUGGGAAUGGGUUGUUCCUGAAGGGUGGAAGGAAGGUGAAGCUCUGCUUGCGCGGCCCAAGGAGCACUACCGUUACCCCUUCGGCCUCGACUGGGCUUGGCACGGCACCGACAACGCUCUUCUCUUCUCCAACAGUUACAAGAUGAAGAUGUCCAUCAUUUUGGGCUGGGCACACAUGACUUAUUCCCUUUGCCUGUCGUACUUCAACGCCCGUCACCAUAAGAAGCCCAUCGACAUCUGGGGAAACUUCAUCCCCGGCAUGAUUUUCUUCCAGUCAAUCUUUGGCUAUCUGGUUGUCUGUAUCAUCUAUAAGUGGUCCGUGGACUGGUUCGGGACUGGCCAGAAACCGCCUGGCCUGCUCAACAUGUUGAUCUACAUGUUCCUCCGGCCUGGAAAGCUUGACGUCAAAUUUUACGAGGGGCAGGCAACAGUGCAGACCUGCCUCCUACUUCUGGCUUUCAUUCAGGUUCCAAUCAUGCUCUUCCUGAAGCCGUUCUACCUGCGAUGGGAGCACAACAAGGCUCGUGGACAGGGAUACAGAGGCAUUGGUGAGCCAUCACGAGUGUCUGCCAUUGAUGACGACGAUGACGGACGCGCCAACGGUCGCAUCAGCAUCGACAUGGAUGGCGGCGAGGGUGCUGCUAUACUUGCCCAGAACGGUAACGCUGAUGAUGACGACGAGGACGGCGAUGGACAUCACGUGUUUGAGUUCAGUGAAGAGAUGAUCCACCAGGUCAUCCACACGAUCGAAUUUUGUCUCAACUGCGUUUCUCAUACUGCCUCUUACCUGCGUCUCUGGGCUCUGUCGCUUGCUCAUCAGCAGCUCAGUAUCGUUCUGUGGGACAUGACCCUUGGCUCUGGCCUGAAGGCCGGUGGCAUUGGUGGUGCCAUCUUCCUGGUCAUUGUCUUCUACAUGUGGUUCUUCCUCUCCUGCGCUAUUCUCAUUGCAAUGGAAGGCUGCAGUGCUAUGCUUCACUCUCUCCGUCUGCAAUGGGUCGAGGCUCAAUCCAAGUAUGCCCACUUCGAGGGCCACAUGUUCACACCGCUCUCCUUCGCGACACUGUUGGAGGAAGACGAAGCUCUGGCGGAAUUCCGUGGCUGA